GACUAGAGAUAGUCCCUAAUCUCUGGCAAUACUGGUUCAGUUGUCAGGAGCAGCUCUAGUACUGCUCGCGAUUAUCCCAAAUGACAGAAAGCACUCCUGUCCUAUUAUGUCAAAAUAGACAAAUAUAAUAAUGUUCCAAGACAUAAUUUUUUUUGUAGGUACAUGUUUUUUUACAUUUUUGUUGAUUAAACUAUGCAAACCCAUCAUCCCAUACGAAACGAUGAUCCUAGAGUAAUAAGAAUGGAUAGAGGGAAUUAUACCACUUGCACUAUAAUCCUCAAAGGUGCCGCGGUGACUUCCUGGAUGAUCGAAGGCGCAGAACAGAUAUUCUUGAGCCGUAUUUCGAAAUUAGAUGAUUAUAGUAAAUACAGAGGAGGUAUUAGUUUGAUUUUUCCUCAUUACGAAUCAUGGAUAUAUGGUAGAAAUCACGGUUUUGCUAGGGAUUUAAUGUGGAGUUUGCAAAGCGGACCAAUAACAGAUAAAAAUGGGGACGUGCAUUUGACUUUGUUUUUGACUUCAAAUUGCUUUACUAAAUCUUCUUGGAAUUAUGACUUCGAAAUGCACUACAGCUUGAUUUUAAAAUCAUCAGAACUAGAAACUAAGUUAAUAAUUGUAAAUCCCAGCCCAUCUAUUACUUUUGAAUUUCAAUUCGGGCAACAUUGGUAUGUCAAAGUGAAGGACGUAACUAAAGUAUUUUUCCAAGGACUCAAGGGUUUAACCUAUAUUGAUAAAAUGAAUGUGAAUCCAAACAUUCCUUUUCUUGUACGUACCAAUGACGUAUUGACGUUUACAGAUGAUAAUAAAGAAUCAAUUGACCAAGUGUAUUUUGAUACUCCAGAUGAGUUGAACAUAAUCAGUGAGGAAGAAAAUAAAAUCAUCAAAAUCACAAAAGCAAACAUGCCCGAUCUUAAUAUAUGGGUUCCCGGAAAAAAAAUUCCUAAAAUAAAUGAUUUAGACUUGGACGAAUGCGCUUAUUUUGUGGUUACAGAUUUCGGACAGAUAUACCACACAAAAGUUUUGCCUCCAAUGUCUCGUUUUGUAACUACUCAAACCAUUGAAGUUAUCAAAAUCAGAACACCGCCUCCAAAACAUGGCCACUUUCUGGACUAUUUUGAAGACAUUUGUUAGUUCUUGGAAAUAUUGUCGAAGAUUGUUACUUCAUCUAAGUAUUAUUUUUAAAGACAAUUAAAUGUGAUUUUUAUUGGCAA